UUUGACGACUUGCUGAGGAGAUUGGCGAAGCUGGAGCAGGAAGUGGAAGAGUACCGAGAAGAGAUCCGAAUACUCAAUGGGAAGUUGAACAGCCGGAAAUACGAUUGCGGAGCGGUGGCCGUGCUCCGUGAUAAGCUGAUGGCGAAGGAAAAGCUCAUCGAGCAACAGGUCCGUUGA